GCGAAAACGUCGCUGCGUUCACAGAAGUUUCUGAAAGGGGAGGGAGGAUUCCGCCCGCUCGCCUCACUUUCUGGAGUCGCCGCCGCCGCCGCUUGAGGCAGCUUUAUCCCGAAUUGAGUGCGGGCGGGCGCACCGCAAAGUCCAACUUCCUUGCUCGCUGGCAAAGACACCCGGGGUGGUCAAGGGCCGCUGUGGGAGGAUGGCGGCCGCCCUGGGACCCUCCGCAGCGACGCGCUCGUCCCUGAAUCCCACAGAGACGUUUUUAGAGGCCUCCCGUUUGCUGCUUACCUAUGCGGCUAAAUAGCAUCAGGUGAGGGGGUGCGGACGGGCCCGGCAAACAACAGUGCCGAGGGUGGUGAGACGGUUUGCGCCUGUGUCGUCUCCUCGCGGAGGCCGCUGGGACACGGCGGCGCGUCUUGGUAAAGAAAAGCUUUUGGACCAUGGAUGGAGAGCUGCGUGUAGUGCCGCGGGCGGGCGAGGCAGUGAUUGCCUUGACGUUGCCCUGUUUACCCAGAGUAUCGGUUUGCCCAUGUUGCGUUGGGUCAGCUGCAACCAGAUCUCUCCCUCCUGUGGGGCCAGUUGCUUAAAAAUAGCAGUCGCGAAGCCCCCUGUCUUGCAAUUGCUUCUGCUGUGUGGCCUUACCGUUGUUCCCAUUCGUUGCAUCAGGGUAUAUGAAACUGCAUCUCAGUGCUCCUAUUGAACUGUGAGACACAUGCUUCUGGCCUGCUGUGAUUCCUGGUAGAUCUUAAUUUUGAAGAACCUGUUUGUGGUAGCAGGCACCAUGCAGAUUAGAGAGCCUGGGAGUGAUAAAUUACAAGAACCUCUGUGGAUAUACAGAGUGCAUUUCCUUCUCCACUGAAUUUGUUAUGGUGCUUUCAGGCCAGAGAGUUAAGAUCUCCGGGUACAGAUGUCAGAAUGAAUAAUAAUAAUAAUUUUUUUUUUUAUAUCCCACCCUCCCCGGCCAUAGGCAGGCUCAGGGCGGCUAACACCAGUAAAAUUACAGUAAAAACAUAAUGGGGGGGGGGACCAAUUUAAUAUACAGGUUAAAAUGCAGCCUCAUUUUAGAAGUAGCCCAUAGAUCAAAACCAUAAGGGGAGGGAAACAUAAGGGUCAGACUGAGUUCAAACCAAAGCCAGGCGGAACAGCUCUGUCUUGCAGGCCCUGCGGAAAGACGUCAAGUCCCGCAGGGCCCUAGUCUCUUGUGACAGAGCGUUCCAAAAGUCGGGGCCAGUACUGAAAAGGCCCUGGCCCUAGUUGAGACCAAUCUAACCACUUUUCAACUUGGGACCUCCAAAGUGUUGUCAUUUGUGGACCUUAAGGUCCCCCGCAGGGCAUACCAGGAGAGGCAACAGAAUGCAACAGAAAGGCCCAGAGCAGCCAUUUUAGAAAUAAAGUUUUAGAAACAAGCAAAAAAUAAAAUAAAUCAAAAUACUGGGGUGUGUUAAAGAAGCCCGAGGAAACAAUCUGGAACACUACCAAGGUACCCCAAACCAGAACGUUUAUAUGAGGUAUAGAAUGGAAUGGUGUGGAAAUCCUCCAGAAAUCUUAAGAAUCCACCUUUUAAAGUAAUGGAGCAGGUUAUUAUUUAUGACUGGGGGAAGGGAGGGGAGGAGGGGAAAACCACUGCUUUUGAAAAAUGCUAAAUACUGUAACUAAAUUCACACCAAGAGAAAUUCAGCCUUGAAGAGUGCUUGUUUUACAAUAGACAGCUGUUUGAAAACACUGCCCAGAAAUUUAAUUGAGUAGCUGCAUAUCAAACUGCAUAAUUGAAAUGCCCUCAGAGGACCAAAUGGGAAUCAUGUUGAUCUACACACUGAAUCUACCUUCUAAGUACCGUAGUUAAAAUGACUUUUCAAAGAUCCCAGGAUAUCUGGUUCUGAGGUAUUCUAAAGAAUCAGACCGGCACACUCUACAGAAUAAAAUGAAAUUGGAACUUAAUGCAAGAAAUGUCACUUCUUUUUUAAGAUUGUGGCUUACUGCGCCACUCCUAUUUAGUUCCUGUUUAUUAGGAUUCCUUCUGUAAACUUUUGCCUAAGCAAUCACUGGAAUAGGAAGUGUUUUAAGACUUCCGGGGUUGCUACAUCAGACUAAUUCUAGUUCAAUCUGGUGUGCAGAUCUGAUUAUUUUGGAUGCCUUAUAACAUGGUGUUUCAGGUUGUUUUAAUAGUAAAAAUGGGUUCUGGUUAGGAAGGGUUAAUGUUAAAGUUACAAGGGUAUCGGGUCUCAUUACUAAAUAAGGUUCUUAUGUGUCUGAAUGGGAAAGGUUUUGGCAUUAAAGACAUGUGUGAUAGCUAGUGAUGCUCCUUUUGUACAACCUACCGGUAUAUCAAUUUUUUCUUCUUACGUUUACCAGCUUCUGAGUAGACAUAUACAGGAUUGUGCUGUCAAUUCCAUAUAUUUCAGUUAGAUUUCUGUGAAGAAAGAUUAAAGACUUGUAUAAUGAAAGGGCAAUGGGGUUGCUGCAUUUAAUACAACAGAUUGCUGUUACCAGUUUGAUGCCCAAAACUUCCCUAAGCUGGGAAAAUAGCUCUUCAAGCCUCUUUAUGUGGCAAUGACAGCUGGUUCAGCAACUGGUUGUCAUUUUUUUUCUGAGCCCAGGGACAGACACUUCAAGAGGAAGAGAGAAUGAUCACAUGGAGUCUGUCCCUAGAAGUGAGGAUUCACAGAAGUAAGAAUCCUUUCCUGCUAGUUGGAACAAUCAAUACAGAUCAAUAAAACCCAUGCAUAUUGAUCAGUUUAGAUUAUGUGCUGGGAGAUCUAGGCUAACUGGCUUGGGCUGAUGGGAGUUGUAGUCCACAACAUCUGGAGGGCACCAUAUUGUUAAAGGCUAUUCUAGGCACCAAAAAUAAAGACAGAAGCUUUGCUUGAUGCUGACAGAACAUAACAUUUGGCAUUAAGCAGUGUUAGAAACUGGGAGAGAAAAGCUAGGAGCCAAAUGGCUUCUGGGACUUGGGUAAGGUAAAGGUAAAGGGACCCCUGACCAUUAGGUCCAGUCGUGGCUGACUCGGGUUGCAGCGCUCAUCUCACUUUAUUGGCUGAGGAAGCUGGCAUACAGCUUCCGGGUCAUGUGGCCAGCAUGACUAAGCCGCUUCUGGCGAACCAGAGCAGCACACGGAAACGCCAUUUACCUUCCUGCAGCAGCGGUACCUAUUUAUCUACUUGCACUUUGAUGUGCUUUUGAACUGCUAGGUUGGCAGGAGAAGGGACCGAGCAAUGGGAGCUCACCCCGUCGCGGGGAUUUGAACCGCCGACCUUCUGAUCUGCAAGUCCUAGGCACUGUGGGUAAACCCACAGCGCCACCCACGUCCCAUGGGACUUGAGUAGUGGGUGCCAAAACAGAAUGUCUAGUCGCCACGGGGUGUGUGUGUGUGAGCAACACUUUUUAUUUAUUAUUUUGAUAAGCAUGAAUUAAUAUGCAGAUCACAUAACUGACACAUUGUUAAUAUCUUAUUUUUAGCAGAAAUGGUUAAUACGUAUUUAAUUUGGUGUUUACAAUAAAAAAAUAUUGGUACCACACUCCAAUUUUCAAAACACUCUACUCUUUAUUGUUAAACUCGUUAACAUAUUGUCUAUCCUUAACAUAUACUUUGAAGCUUCAAAGCACAUGCAUUUCAGUAAUCCUUGAGUGUCAGCCAGGCACACAAAAAAUGGCGCCCAUACUUUUUGAGGUGCUCGCAGAUGAAGAAUCUUUAGGUGCAAAAUGCGCCUGGCGCCCUGCUAAUUUCGAACCCUGGCACACUAGGGAUGCAUCCCUAGAGCAGGCAUUUCACAUAUAUCUAACUGAGAGCAUUUUCUUAAUAUGGGAAGUUUAGGAAUGCAGAAGAAGGUCUCUUAAGGAUGACAGCAUCCUUUGGGCAAGAGCAUCUGGGAGAAGUCAGUCCCAAGCCAUUUUUUACUUUUAACUAAACACAAGAACUUUGAAUCGCAUCCAGAAAUGGCUCACCAGCCAGUAUGUUGCUGUUGUUUAGUCGUUUAGUCGUGUCCGACUCUUCGUGACCCCAUGGACCAGAGCACGCCAGGCACUCCUGUCUUCCACUGCCUCCUGCAGUUUGGUCAAACUCAUGCUGGUAGCUUCGAGAGCACUGUCCAACCAUCUCGUCCUCUGUUGUCCCCUUCUCCUUGUGCCCUUCAUCUUUCCCAGCAUCAGGGUCUUGUCCAGGGAGUCUUCUCAUGAGGUGACCAAAGUAUUGGAGCCUCAGCUUCAGGAUCUGUCCUUCCAGUGAGCACUCAGGGCUGAUUUCCUUCAGAAUGGAUAGGUUUGAUCUUCUUACAGUCCAUGGGACUCUCAAGAGUCUCCUCCAGCACCAUAAUUCAAAAGCCAGUAUAGUGACUAGCUAUAUACCCUACAGCUGGUCCUAGUUAGCAUCUUGGGAGCUGUAUUUUGAACAGACUGAAGUUUCCGAGAGACAAACCCAGAACAAUAUGUUGUGGUAAUCUAAGUGGGGCGGGGUGAGUUACCAUGGUGUGGAGAACAGCCAGGUUUUAUCUCUGCUUGCUUUUCUAUAUAUAUAAGAUUGGACUCCAUGGAUGAAAUCUUAAGCAUAGUUAUGGAACAUCUGAGAAAAUGUUGUUAAGGCUUCAAUGUUUAAUGUGCAUUUAAGAGAGCAACUGCAGCUUCGUAAUCUGAAAACAUUCAACUCUGAGUAUGCUUUUACUUGGAAAUAAGUUCCACUGAGAUCAUUAUAAGUAUACUUAGGAUUGGGGUGUGACUGAUAGAAUCGACAUCUGUGAUAAUAAUACCGACUUCCAGCUGUACACAGAUGAGGAAGAAUCUUGUAUUAAGAACAUGAGGCAAGAACAAAGGUCUGCUUAGUUCCAAAUCCAGUUUUUCCCAUAGUGGCCAUUCCAAUGCCUAUGGGAUGCCUACAAGCAGGACAGCAGCCACCAAAUUGCCCUCUCCUGUUGCUCCACAGUAACUGGUUUAAAGGUAAAGGGACCCCUGACCAUUAGGUCCAGUUGUGGCCGACUCUGGGGUUGCGGCGCUCCUGUCGCUUUAUUGGCUGAGGGAGCCGGCGUACAGCUUCCGGGUCAUGUGGCCAGCAUGACUAAGCCGCUUCUGGCGAACCAGAGCAGCGCACGGAAACGCCGUUUACCUUCCUGCAGGAGUGGUACCUAUUUAUCUACUUGCACUUUGAUGUGCUUUUGAACUGCUAGGUGGGCAGGAGCAGGGACCGAGCAACAGGAGCUCACCCCAGUGUGGGGAUUCGAACAGCCGACCUUCUGAUCGGCAAGUCCUAGGCUCUGUGGUUUAACCUAAUAACCUCUGAUCCUGCAAGUAGUAUAGAGCUAUCAUGCUUUUAGCCAUUGGUAGCCUCUUCCCUGAAUUAGUCUAAUCCUCUUUUACAGCUGUUAAAAUUGGUGACCAUCAUCAUCACAUAGAACCGCCCCCCCCCCCAUUAUUCAUCUUUUGCCGGUGGAAAAUAGAGACUGGAAGGGAUUUUAAGGCCACGUAGUUGAGUCCACGACAUGGCUUCAUGGCUUCUCUCAGCUUCAUGGCACUAGGUCCUAGGCAUCUUUCUCUGAUGCUUUUCUAACAGCAGUCUUUUGCAAGGUUGCAAUGUUGAAUGAAAAACUGGAAAGUAUAAUGGGGAACUGAGGUGUGUUACUCAGUUGUUUUUUCCUCCAGUUGUUUAAGAUCUCUUUCUUUAUCUACUUCCUCCCCUGGAGAAAAUAUAUAUUUAUUAUUCGUUUCUUGAAUUUCUAUCCCAAGAAGGUCUUUCUCGGUCUUUUCUAUCCCAAAAAAGGUCUUUUUCGGUCUUUUCUUGUGCUGGGGGAAGAGAUAAUUUUGAGUGGUGCAACAGCCAGAGAAGAGAGUUUUAGCAGCAGUACUAGUCCUCCACUCAAGAUUGCAGCUUCCUGAAGCUGAUUUAAAAACAGUGGUGGCAGUGAUGAUAAUAAUUGUGGUGAUUAUGAUAAUAAUAGCAUGAAUACACACAGGUGUGUGUCACACCUGACUUUCAGCCUGAGACUCGAAGUGACAUUGGUUCAUGUUCUAACCAUAGGAACAUAGAAACCUUGUACCAGCCUGGACACAAAAGUUGUUGAGCUGCUCUCUUUUUUUUGCCAAAGUUGUUGAGCUGCUUUGGAGGGAAAUCAGCAAAAACCACACUGUCGACAUGGGUUGCAUUAGGUCCAGAUUUUCCCAGACAUUUUGACAAUUUCUGCCUGGACAUUGCUCCCGGCUGCUGUAUUCCGGGUAUGUGCAGGAAAUUCCGGGUACAGUGGUAUCUCGGUUUACGAACUUAAUCCAUUCUGGAAGUCUGUUCUUAAACCGAAACCGUUCUUAAACUGAGGCGCGCUUUCCCUAAUGAGGCCUCCCGCCGUCGGUGCCCUUCCACCGUUUGGCUUCCAUUCUUAGACUGAUGUAAAGUUCUCAAACCAAGCAACUAUUUCCAUUUGUGUGGAGUUUGUAAACCAAAUCGUUCUUAAACCGGACUGUUCUUAAACUGUGGUACCACUGUAGAUGACACCCCUAGGACAGCUCAGUUGGUUAGAGCAUGGUGCUGAUAACGCCAAGGUUGCAGGUUUGAUCCCCAUAUGGGAUAGCUGCAUUGCAGGGGGCUGGACUAGAUCAGGCAUAGGCAAACUCGGCCCUCCAGAUGUUUUGAGACUACAGUUCCCAUCACCCCUGACCACUGGUUCUGUUAGCUAGGGAUGAUGGGAGUUGUAGUCCCAAAACAUCCGGAGGGCUGAGUUUGCCUAUGCCUGGACUAGAUCAUCAGGAUCCCUUCCAACUCUACAAUUCUAUGAUUCUAAGUCAGACCAUUUGUUCCUCUGGCCCGGUAUGGCCUACACUGAUUGCCAGCAGGACCUCAGGUUUUCAGGCUUUGACCCUCCGUUUCCAUUGUGCAAAAUCGUAACAGUGGCUUGUCGUACAGAGUUACUGAGAGCAUAAGCAAUAAAAGACCUGAAAAGAUCUUUUGAAACUUUUUUAUUUUUAUUUUUAAAUAGUAAAUUUUAUUAGUAUUUUCCACACAACAACAAAACGAAAAAUAACAAUACACAAAACACAAAGACGAGCAUAUGAAAAACAAAUCCAAAUCUUACAAAUUAAUAAUAUAAACACUCAAAAGGAAAACAUUGACUUCCACCAAUCACACAGCACCUCCUUUACCUCUCAUUGUAUCUUCCUGUUUUCCUUAUCAUCUCAUUCCUAGCAUCUAGAUAUAAAUCCCUGUUUCUUAUCCUUUCACUUCACAAGGUUAUUCCAGACUCAUCCAGAUUUCUGUCCUCGAACCUUGGCUUUUAAGGAAUUCGUUUAGGCACUCCCAUUCCUUUUUCACUUCACUUUUUGGUUUUUAUCUUAUUAUAUCUGUCAAUUUGGCUAAUUCUAAAUAUUCCAAAAGCUUACAUAACCAUUCUUUUGAAACUUAAUUUGCUACAUAAACAAUUGACGGUAGCACAUGUGAAUUGUGAAUCUGCCCAACACCACUGUAGACACCAAAAAGUCCUUUUGGGAUAAGACCAGUGUGCUGCAGGAAGCCAUAGCUGAAAUGCGAGAGCAGUGUUCCAGGUUGCUUAAUCGGAUUAAAACACUGUUUUGUAAGUAACUUGAAAGCAAUCCUUACAUUUUUCUUUUAAAUCUAUCAGACACCCAAAUGAGGAAAAAUAUCAGUCUAUUCGGAUUGAAAACCAAGCCUUUUUCACUAGAUUGUUGCCUGUCAGAGGAGCUGUUGAAUGUCCUUUUGAAAUGGGGUUUGAAGAGGUGAGUACCUUCAGAUGGGAUAUUUUCAUAUAAAACCGCCUUUUCCAACCUGGUGCCCUCCAGAUGUUUUGAAUCCUUCUGGCGGGUCCCUUACUGUGAGAAAUGCAAUUUCAGGGAACCAGGCAGAGGGCCUUUUCAACAGCGGCGCCGGCCCUGUGGAAUGCCCUCCCAUCAGAUAUCAAGGAAACAAAGAACUACUGUUAGCAACUUUUAGAAGACAUUUGAUGUUUUGUUAUGUUUUUGUAUGUGUUGGAAGCUGCCCUGAGUGGCUGCAACCCAGCCAGAUGGGUGAGGUGGUAUUAUUAUUAAUAUUAUCAUGAUCAUGAUCAUUACACAUUUAGCACUCUUUCCCCCUUCAGACUUUACCCUGAUGUAUGAACAGUGUGUGAGCAGGGCCAGAGCAGGAUAUUACAGUGUACCCUCUGGUUACGGAUUUAAUUCAUUCCGGGGGUCCGUGCGCACCCCUAAAAAUCCGUAACCAGAGGCGCCGCUUCUGUGCGCGCACACACGGCACAAUAGAGUGCUUCUGUGCAUGUGCGAACGGCGAAACCCAGAAGAAUACACUUCUGGGUUUGCCACGUUCGUAACUUGAAAGUUACGUAUCCAGAGCAGUACGUAACCAGAGGGUCCACUGUGUAUCUGAAUCAUAUGGUCACUAAUUCAAACAGGGCCGUGGGUUGUUUCUUCAGGGAUGAGAAAGCACUAAGGACUGCAAUCCCAUAUCCUUCGCCCCAGCGGCGUAGCGUGGGUUGUCAGCACCCGGGGCAAGGCAAGUAAUUUGCGCCCCCUAGCCCGGGGCAAGGCAAGUAAUUUGUGCCCCCUAUCCCCUAACCUGCCGCCUCUGCCAGCUUCUUCUUGCUGCUGCCUGGGCUGGUCUGGUGUGGUUCUCUCCCGCACUCAGCGCUGCGCUGGGCGGCUGCUGCACUGUCCCUCCCCCAGAUAGUCCCUCGCUCUCUCUCCGCACCGCACGCCUGGCACCCACACCCUCCACAGUGGGCGGCGACCCAGCGGCUCGGAUCGGAUUCGCACAGCCAGCACUGCAGUGAGAGAGAGUGAGUGAGCCAGGUAGGGGCAGAGAGCUGCGAGUGCGAGCGCGUGCCCCCCCCAAGAUGUUGCGCCCGGUGCGGCCGGCCCCCCCUGCACCCCCCACGCUACGCCACUGCUUCGCCCUAGGAGUAAUCCCCACUAAAGUCCGUGGAACUUGUAUGAGUAGAUAUGCCUAGGAUUGUGCUGUAAAUAAUUCAGUCCAGGUGCAAAGCCAAGUGGAGGUGCUAGUGCUGGUUUUUGUUUUGUUUGGUUUGGUUUUGUUUGCAUCUCAAUACAGAAGACUUGACUUUUGUAACUACCAUUUCAGGGGGGAAACCUGUCUCGUUUUUCCUAAGGACGACACAUCGAUUAAGCAGCUGCACAAAAUCCGAGACCUAGUUACUGGGGAGAGAAAUAUUCGAUUGAAUGGAUCGAAUACAACCGAAAUGUCAGGAUCCUCUAGAAGAGUAACAGACAUGCAGCCUGUUGCACACCGGCCGUCGAGAACUCUUGAUUCCAAUCAGGACCCAACGGCUCAGCCUGCUGUCAUGGUAACCACUUCCGAACUCUGUUAUGUUGAACAAGGAAAUAGUAUGUGUAAAUUUAAGUUUCACCCUCGAGCUGAGUUCUUUAAUUCAUGUAGCAACUCUUGGGAACCAGUGUGGUGUAGUGGUUAGGAGCGAUAGACUCGUAAUCUGGGGAACUGGGUUCGCGUCUCCGCUCCUCCACAUGCAGCUGCUGGGUGACCUUGGGCUAGUCACACUUCUCUGAAGUCUCUCAGCCCCACUCACCUCAGAGAGUGUUUGUUGUGGGGGAGGAAGGGAAAGGAGAUUGUUAGCCGCUUUGAGACUCCUUCAGAUAGUGAUAAAGCAGGAUAUCAAAUCCAAACUCCUCUUCUUCUUCUUGGGAACAGUUUUUGCCUCUCCGUCUGUGAAAUGCCAAUAGUUAUAUAUUGCGUCAGACAUUGAGAUUGGGGGGAAACCACCUUGUGAGCCAAAUUGUGACCCCUUAGUUUGGCCUGUAGCCCAGAGGUUCUUCAUUCCUGAUGUAGACACACACUGAAAUCACUCAUUUUGUUGCAUGAUUGUACCUUGGUGCGUGUUGCUGAGUGUACAUACGCAGAUGCUACUUACCUCUCGAUCAGGUGUGAGGAACCUUUGGCACUCUGGAUGUCACACAACUACAGUUCCCAUCAUUCCUGGCCAUUGGUCAUACUCACUGGGGCUCACGAGAACUGUCGUUCAGCGGCAUCUGGUGGGCCAAAAGUUACCCAUAUCUACUCUAGAUAAAUGGGGAGUCUCCAGCUUUCUGACCUCACAUGGAAGGAAACUAAGACAAGGGUCGCUGAGUUUUAUUAGGUUUCACCAGGAGGGAAAAGAGAGAGAAAUACAACAAGUUUUGAUUUAAUAUGUAACGAAAUAAAGUCACACUCAGGCUGGAGAACAUGGGGCAUUUUGUGAUUCUUCCCAUGUGUUGUAAAGUCCAGAUUCAGAAAGUCUGUCGCUGAAACCAAAGCAUACCUGGUUUGGAGUUACAAAUGCUUUGUUUUGCUUUCUCUUCCAACUGAAGACCAUGGGGCCCAACUCAUACCAUGGGGUGAUUCACUUCCAGAUAUUGAGGGGCCAGGCAUGGUCUCUGAUGAUUCCCCACUCUUGAGUACUCUUAAUGAGAGCCCUGACUGGCAUCAAGUUGUGCUUCCCAAAGGGACAGACAUCAAGAAGGCUGUGUCUUGUUUGCCUUAUAUUUGACCAUGAUUGACGGUUCCAGUAAUCCAGUAAAUGUCCCUGCGUUUCACUUGGCUCAGAUCUGGGCCUGCUGCUUGGACUAUAUUAGAACCACACUUCAAGCAGUAAUAUUUGUCACUGCCUGUACGUGGGUCGGCUUUUGUGCGCAUUCAACCUUUAAUCCAGGGAUGGGGAACCUGAGGCCCACCCAAUGUUGGUCUGCAGUUCCUCUCUUCCAUGACCAUGGGCCAUCCUGACUGGGACUGGUGAGAAUUGGGAGUCCAACAGCAGGUGGAAGCUUUCCCCAUUCCUGAUUUUAACCUCUCAUUCUCCACACCAAUCUUCUUCAUACACAUAUAGACCAUGAUCAAGGAGACCCAGCAGAACCACUUGGCAUUUCUCCUGCCUUAACAGAAGGUCCAUUUCAGGAGUAAAGGAAGCAAUUACCUGGUUUGUCUCCAUUUUUUUAAAAAAAAGUUAUGCUUUUACAGAAGCCAGAGGAAAGGCGUGGCAGGUCUAUCCUGCCCCCACCCUGCUUCCCAGAGUGCUCAAUAAGCGUCUCCCAAGUGUUGGAACUCCUGAAUGGGAUGGGCUGUGGGGUAGUAGGAAUGUGGAUUGCUAAAAAUUGGGCAAAAACUGCUUUACUGCUUUUGGCUAUCAGCUCUCUCCCUCAGACCCCCCCCCAAAAAACACAGCACAUCCUAUUCAGGGGACCCCCUGAAUGUCAAGAAUGGUGUUUUGGGGUGCUGCCAGCAGAGGAGAGGUUAGGAAAGUCAUGUUCUACUUACCUCCUUUUGGUGCUUCUCUAGAUUCCAGUUCUCAGUAGAUUGUGCUCCUCAUUCCCAUGUGAAUAUACUUCUUUAUACCAUUUAGAAGAACAAAUGACCAGAACUUGUUAGAAAAUCUGUUUGAGGCAACUGAAACGAUACAUUUCCACCCCCCACCCCCCAUUUCAGACAUUUGAAUCAAUCUUCUUGAAGACACUUCAAUCAAACUUUCUGCAUGUAAUGGUAUAUGAGAACCCUAGUUUACAAAAGAAAGCCUUGGCUUGCAUCCCAAUCCAAGAACUGAGCAGGAAUGCUCAUGAAAAGCUGAUCCAAGCAAGGAAAAUGGACAGAGGUAAUAAGUUAGAUAUGAUUUGGAAACAUGACGAUAUUAACUAGAGCAUUUGUGUACAAGUAGGCGUAUUUCUAUCGAUGUACAAAAUUAGACAGAAGGGGAAGCAUUUCGGAAUUAGCAGCUGCCAAGUAUGGGGCAUUGAUGAAGUUUUCUUUAAGAAUAUUACAGUGGUACCUCUGGUUACGUACGUAAUUCGUUGUAGAGGUCCGUUCUUAACCUGAAACCGUUCUUAACCUGAGGUACCACUUUAGCUAAUGGAGCCUCCUGUUGCCGCCGCACGAUUUCUGUUCUCAUCCUGAGGUAAAGUUCGUAACCCGAGGUACUACUUCCGGGUUAGCGGAGUCUGUAACCCGAAGUGUUUGUAACCCGAGGUACCACUGAAUUUUACAUCUAAAAUAAAUACUGCCCCAAUUCCUCAAAUUCAUAUGCAGUUAAGAAUUACUGUUUAGCAUCUGUGUAGACCGAAAACAAAGAAUUGAUUUGAUGUUGAUUCCAUCACCGUUGACUUGAUCCUCUUUAAGCAGCUCCCUUUUUGUCAUUGGCCUGGUUCACAUGUUAUGCCUAGCCAAAUGUUGGCUUAGCACAAACAGUGUGGGCUCCCAUAGAGCUUCUAAAUAAACCCUUCGUUCUUCCCCAGUUCUUUUUGCUGCUGUGCUAGGUCAGGUUUGUCUUAGCAUGUCAAAACAUGGGCUCUGCUAUUGAGCUACAGCCCUUUCUCUCCCCAGGUGCAUCUCCCACUUCAGGUACCUAAUUUGUGUCUUUAGAAAACCAGUAAUACAGGUGAAACGCGAAAAAUUAGAAAAUCGUGGUCAUCACAAUUACAACAAAUAAAGGCUUGACAUAUCUCGCUUUGCAUGUCAUGAGUCUAUCUCAUAUAUUAGUUUCACCUUUUAAGUUGAAUUGCUGAAAUAAAUGAACUUUUCCACGAUAUUCGAAUUUUUUGAGUUUCACCUGUACUUUCAAGUUCUAUACCAGAUUUGCUGUCAAAUAAUUUGCCAUGAUUAUUUCCCUGUCCUCACUGGGAAAUUGCUCCCGAUUUCUGGUCUGCUUAGGCUGCAGUCCUGUGCAUGCUUGCCUGGGAGUAAACACCAGUGACUUUCUUCUUGGUGAACAUUCCUGGGAUUACACUAUUAUAGCAAGCCUGGAUAGCUCAAUUGGUUGGUGCGUGGUGCUGAUAAUGCCACGGCUGCAGGUUUGAUCCCCGUAUGGAACAACGACAUGUUCCAGCAUUGCAGGGGGUUGGACUAGAUGAUCCACAGGUUCCCUCCCAAUUCUACAAUUCUGUGAUUCUGUGCAUUAGAUAUUCACAUGCUCCGUUGUAAUUGCUUUUAUUUAAAUUUUUACAGGACAUGCAUUGAACGAACAGGACAUACUGUUGCUGGAGCUCCUGAACUGGUUUAAAUGUGAUUUCUUCCAGUGGGUAAAUAACCUUCCGUGCAGCAAGUGUGGGGGCCAGACAGAAUCUAAAGAAAAUUUGUCGCCUAGCGAAGACGAUCUGAGAUGGGACGCGAGUAGGGUUGAAAAUCACUUCUGUAACCAUUGCCAAUUCAGCAACCGAUUUCCAAGGUUUGUAUAGGACAUAGGUGGGUUAAAAAUUUGAUCCGUGUUUGAAACUGUACGCUCAGUACAGUCGUACCUUGGUUCCGGAACGCCUUGGUACUCGGGACGCUUUGACUCCCGAACGCCGAAAACCUGGGAGUAAGUGUUCCGGUUUUCGAACGUUUUUCAGAAGCCGAAUGUCUGACGCAGCUUCCAAUUGAGUAUAGAAAGCUCCUGCAGCCAAUAGGAAGCCGCGCCUCGGUUUUUCACACGGUUUCAGGAGUCGAACGGCCUCCCAGAAUGGAUUAAGUUCGAGAACCAAGGUUCCACUGUAUGUUUUUGGAAGCCACUUUUUCACUUAUUUAUUGGCAAAUCCCUUAUAUAGCAUGUGAGAACAAUAGUGACAUUUGAAGCAGUACCAUGAAAAUACUCUUAGUCCUGCUUUCUGUUUUGCUGACAGAUAGCAUAGAAGAAUGGAUUUGUCACACAACUCCCUUCAAGCCCAGCCAGCUUAAACAAUGAUCAUGAGUGAUGGUAGUUGUAGAACCUUUGGCCCUUCUAGAUGUUGCUGUACUACAACUCCCAUGAUCCCCAGCAAGCCUGGCUAAUGUCCAGGAAUGAUGGGAGCUGUAGAUCAGAAACAGAGGGCUGACCGGAGGUUCAACCACCCAUUACAAGAUAGGUUCAGAAGCACUGUCGCCAUUCAGAUAUCCCAUGUUUCAGAAAUUUGCAGGCGGCAGUUGGGAUUAAACCCCCUGUAGUCUGAAUAAAUGCAAAAUAUCAACAUACCAAAGUGAAUUCUGUUGGCUGUGCUUUCAGCAGAGGUUGUAAGAUGGGAUGUCCUUGUUCAGCAGUUACCGUACUUUUCCAUGUAUAAGACUAGGGUUUUUUACUAAAAUAUAAUGUUUAAAAGGGACGCGGGUGGCGCUGUGGGUAAAACCUCAGCGCCUAGCACUUGCCGAUCGCAUGGUCGGCGGUUCGAAUCCCCACGGCGGGGUGCGCUCCCGUCAUUCGGUCCCAGCGCCUGCCAACCUAGCAGUUCGAAAGCACCCCCGGGUGCAAGUAGAUAAAUAGGGACCGCUUACCAGCGGGAAGGUAAACGGCGUUCCGUGUGCUGCGCUGGCUCGCCAGAUGCAGCUUGUCACGCUGGCCACGUGACCCGGAAGUGUCUGCGGACAGCGCUGGCUCCCGGCCUCUAGAGUGAGAUGAGCGCACAACCCUAGAGUCUGGCAAGACUGGCCCGUACGGGCAGGGGUACCUUUACCUUUACCUAAUGUUUAAUAGGGGGCUAGUCUUAUACACGGGGGCAAUCUCCCCCCAUUUUCUUAAUUUUGAGUCCCCCAAAAUAGGAGGUGUCUUAUACACGGGGGGGGGGGGGUUAUACACAGAAAAAUACAGUACUUAGUUUGAUAGCAGGUAGGGAUUGGGGGAUUUAAAGCAGGGGCUAGAUCAUGGAAGAAGCCUAUAUAUUACCUCUUUAUUUGUUACAUUUGUAUAUUGCUUCAAUGUCACUGCACUCUAGGUGGUUCCACAAAUUAAAAUGAUGGUUUACAUUUUUGAUGCAAAAAUGAUGGGGGGGGGGCAAAUUCAAGACCCACGACCACUGUGUGAGGGAGUUCUUGGGAGGGAAUUAUUUAACUGGCGUAUUUUAAUAAUGUAGCAUUUCAAAAUGUUGGUAGCUUAUGAUAAUGAUUUUAGGUAUUCGUGGCAAUGACAGCAACCCCCCGUUUUUUUAAAAUAAAAAAUGUGCACAGGUACAACAAUCCCGAGAAACUUCUGGAAACUAGGCGUGGCCGUUGCGGAGAAUGGUCCAACUGCUUCACCCUCUUCUGCAGAGCUGUGGGCUUUGAAGCAAGAUAUAUUUGGGACGCGACAGGUAUCGUUACAACUCUCUCUCUCUCUGUGUAGUGAGCCAGUGUGGUGUAGUGAUUAAGAGCGAUAGACUCGUAAUCUGGUGAACCGGGUUCGCUUCCCCGCUCCUCAGGGUGACCUUGGGCUAGUCACACUUCUCUGAAGUCUCUCAGCCUCACUCACCUCACAGAGUGUUUGUUGUGGGGGAGGAAGGGAAAGGAGAAUGUUAGCCACUUUGAGACUCCUUAGGGUAGUGAUAAAGAGGGAUAUCAAAUCCAAACUCUUAUAGUUUCCUGAGAUGGAAGAGGUGCCUUUACAAUGUUGGUUACUUUCCUCUGGCUUUCCUCUCCUGCAGAUCAUGUGUGGACCGAAGUUUAUUCCUCAUCCCAGCAGAGGUGGCUUCACUGUGACCCUUGUGAAAACGUCUGCGACAAACCCCUCCUCUAUGAGAUGGGCUGGGGGAAAAAGCUCUCCUACAUUAUUGCAUUUUCUAAAGACGAGGUAGGGGAGGCAAUGUGGGUUUGAAAUAAAGGCAAUGCUCACAAGGGAAAGUUUUCCCUUUAAGCAUUUUUAAAGCAGUUCGAUCAUUCCUUGACAAAGGAAAGAGGAUCUCUUUCCUGGAGUAGUUCUGAUAUUGCAGUGAGUGAAACUUUGAGCUACUUCAUAGCCAGUGUGGUGUGCUGGUUGGAAGGUCAGACUAAAAGAUAAAGGGACCUCUGGACAGUUCAGUCCAGUCAAAGGCAACUAUGGGGUUGCGGCGCUUAUCUCGCUUUCAGGCUGAGGGAGCCGGCAUUUGUCCACAGGCAGCUUUCUGGGUCAUGUGGCCAGCAUGACUAAACCGCUUCUGGUGCAACUGUGACGGAAACCAGAGCGCACGAAAACACUGUUUACCUUCCCACCACAGUGGUACCUAUUUAUCUACUUGCAAUGGCAUGCUUUCGAACUGCUAGGUUGGAAGGAGCUGGGGAAGAGCAACAGCAGCUCACCCCAUCGUGGGGAUUCAAACUGUCGACCUUCCAAUCAGCAAGCCCAAGAGGCUCAGUAGUUUAGACCACAGCGCCACCCGUGUCCGUACCUGGAAGGUCAAACUAAGCCCUGGAAGACUAGGGUUGAAAUCUCCAUUCAGCCAUGAAGCUCGCUUGCGGCCCUCACCAGCUCUCAGGAAGCUACUUCGCAGUUUUUUUUAUAAUAUGCAGAUGCAGAGAGCCCUGUACGCCUCCAUCUUGACAUCUUUGGAGCAGGGAGAGGGGAGAUGGGAUAUGCAUAUAAUAAAAAAAUCAAAUCCUGUAUGUAAUACUUCGUAAUUUACCCCCCUCUUCUUUUUCAACACAUGCUUUUCAGGUUGUUGAUGUCACCUGGCGCUACUCUUGUAAGCAUGAGGACCUGCUCCCACGGAGGACCCAGGUCAAAGAAGCAGUUCUACGAGAAACCAUCAAUAACCUUAAUAAAGUGGUAGGUCGCUUUAUCUUAGCAGGCUGGUUAAAAUUGCACAAGUAUUGCAACGUAAGCUGCCCUUGAAUCGGGGACUCAGUCAAUCAAUAGAUUUUUGUUGUUUAUAGCCAGCGGCCAUCACAAUACAAUAUAAGCACAAAUCACACAACUACAGAACGAAACAUGUUACAUGCACUAGACCAAGACAAAUCUACAAUGUCCGGAAUGUCUCCCAUGUUGCAGUUCAAAGUUGUUGGUUUUUUUUUAAGAAUAAUUUUUUAUUAACCGACCAAUCACAUCAAAUCAAACCAAAUUACAUAAAUUCCAAAUUACACAGCCGAAUUUUAAAUUUUUGUUGAGGGUACCCAUAUUUCAAGUUCUGAAGGGAUCCAAUCAACUUCUUGCUUCUUACUGCUGUUUUAAUGUCCACAAAUCUAACCUUAUGAUGUUCACAGUACUAUCCAGUCCUUUCUUAAUAUUUUUCCACAUCUCUUGUUGUUAUUUUCAUAUAUUUUUCCUUUCUCUUUGUGACCUCUGAUAGUCUCUGCAAGCUGGUUAGAACAGUUUGUAAUCCUGCGUGGAUAUUAUUUUUUUUAUCCAGUAGCCAUAUCCAGACAUUUUCCAUAUAACAUCACUUCCAUACAUCAAAACAGUCUUAGCGUCAUUAAUAUUCACCAAUCUGCCUCCUUUCUCAAAACCUCUGAGGAGAUUCACUAGGAAUGCAGUCUGAAAACAAGUCCAUUCUUCCUCCCGGCUAUAAAUCCUUUGGCAAGAUGGCGACUCGAAUUAAUUGCUGCGCCAUUCCCAAAAGCUCUUAUUGCUUCUCGGUCUCCAUAAAGCAUACUUUUGGUUAAAGUUUAUCUCCACACAGACCUUAAUCAUCCUGCUUGGGUCAGUUCAACCGACGAUUCUAAUGAGGAGGGGUUCUUGUAAAUCACAUAGAAGGAAAGUAAAAAAGGUUUCCCCCCCCCCAUUCAGCCCCGUUGUCAACAUACCCCGCCUUUGGUGUAUCUUCAUCGUAAAAUAUUCCUGUUUCUCCAGCCCGUCGUCUUCUUUCGCAGAGGUCACUUAAAUUAGCAGACUUCACUCCCCUUCUUCACUUGAAAUAUGUGCAUUUGCUUCUUUUGUAAUUAAUUAUUCCAAAUUGCUGCAACUAGUGCGCGAUCAGAGACAGCAUCCAGGAGAGCCGAGGUCCACACGGGGGCAUUCUGCCUAGGGCCCUCACCCCCUUCUUUCGAAUUAGGGGGGUGAUUUAUGGGCACAGCAGGCAAGGGCAGUGUUCCCCAUUUCCUUGGGGCAACAAGGGAGGCUGCCUACUCCCAUAACAGCCUCUUAAUUACCCCGUGUGGGUCGGAGAGAUGGUAUUGUCAGCCAUCUUCCAGUGCGCCCCCUAGUGGCCCCCGCAGUUCAAAGUUGUUAAUAGAGGGCAACGUGUUGUGAAAUUUUGUUUCUGUUUUUUUAUUAUCGUUUUUGGGGGAAAUGACUUUUUAUGUGGUUGGAAUGACCAGUAAAGGUAAAGGGACCCCUGACCAUUAGGUCCAGUCAUGACCGACUCUGGGGUUGCGGCGCUCAUCUCGCUUUAUUAGCUGAGGGAGCUGGCGUACAGCUUCCGGGUCAUGUGGCCAGCAUGACUAAGCCGCUUCUGGCGAACCAGAGCAGCACACGGAAAUGCCGUUGGCCUUUCCGCCAGAGCGGUACCUAUUUAUCUACUUGCACUUUGACAUGCUUUCGAACUGCUAGAUUGGCAGGAGCAGGGACUGAGCAAUGGGAGCUCACCCCGUCGUGGGGAUUUGAACUGCCAACCUUCUGAUCGGCAAGACCUAGGCUCUGUUACAAGACAAUAAAAUCAUGGCGUUGGACCUUUGCCAUACCAGUAUCAGCUUGUGACUAGAACUGGGUGAUACAUUGAUAAAUUGUCUGAAACUGGUAUGGUGUUCAGCUGGCAAUGCAUUGUGCCAGUUCAAAUGGCCUGCAGGCGGGAAAGGCGCAGGCAGGCAGAGCCUGAGAAGGCUGCAAGCACGCACCUUCUCGGGCUCCAUCUACCUGCCUGCUUGCACCUUUGAGGAUGUCCCCUGCCCCUCUGGCUCGCGUGAGCUGGAGCGGGAUCAGGGCUUGGUAGGGCUGGACGAACUGUCUUGGCUGCUGCUUCUUCCCCUAAGGUGGAGAGGAAGAAGCAGCCAAAAUACAUUCCAGAGUCAGAUGUCGUGAUAUAUCAGCAUAUCAUAGUAUCUAGCUGCUGAUACAUAAUGAUGUUGAAAAACAUAUAUUGCCCAGCAAUGCUUGUGACACCAGGGAAGCAGGCAGCAAGAGUUGUUGGCAGAACAGCACCUGCAACUAGUCAGGCCUGCAAUCUUCCAGGCUUUCUUCUGCCACCCUAAGCACAUCCAUUUGAAGGAUCUGCAUAUGUACAGUUGAGCAUGCUGGAAUAAUGCUCUCUGAAAUUUUGGUUUUGGCUAGUGGCAUAUUUUCUACCAAAAAAAAGUCCACCGCUGUUUUAAAACAGUUACAGUUUUUAUUAUUAAAACUGCCACGUUGAGUCUCGUUUUACAGUUCUCUUUCCAAGGCCUGUGCCAGUUGUGAGGUGGUUUCAGGUGGCUUACUAGCCAGUUGGGAUGCAGGUGGCGCUGUGGUCUAAACCACUGAACCUCUUGGGCUUGCUGAGCAGAAGGUCGGCGGUUCGAAUCCCCGCGAUGGGGUGAGCUCCCGCUGCUCUGUCCCAGUUCCCGCUGCUCUGUCCCAGCUUCUGCCAACCUAGCAGUUCAAAAGCACGCCAGUGCAAGUAGAUAAAUAGGUACCGCUGUGGCGGGAAGGUAAACGGCAUUUCCGUGCGCUCUGGUUUCCGUCACGGUGUCCCGUUGUGUCAGAAGUGGUUUAGUCAUGCUGGUCACAUGACCCAGAAAGCUGUCUGUGGACAAACGCCGGCUCCCUCAGCCUGAAAGUGAGAUGAGCGCCGCAACCCCAUAGUCGCCUUUGACUGGACUUAACUGUCCAGGGGUCCUUUACCUUACCUUACUAGCUGUGCCUGCCUCACCACUGCAAUCUGUGGCAGGUGCCUAUGAACCACUUGGUAUUUUAACAUUCUCACAGUGCCCCACAAUGUAGUGUCACUCUGGGAAAUUGCAACAAUUUGAAAACGGCAUUUCCUAACUUCCUGAUGCUGCUCAGGAAACCUUACGAGGGGCAGAGGUGAAUGGGAGCAACCAACAUCGGGCAAGAGUCAACGUAGGUGCAACGUGUUGGGACCCUGUAUCCUGGCAGCUGUCUUAGGUUGUAACAAUAAUAAUAUUUUUUUUAAUUAUAGCCCAGCCAUCUGGCUGGGUUGCCAUUCUGGGCAGCUUCCAACACAUAUAAAACAUAAUGAAACGUCAAACAUUAAAAACUUCUGGAUACAGGGCUGCUUUCAGAUGUCUUCUAAAAGUUGUCUAGUUCUUUAUCUCCUUGACUUCUGAGGGGAGGGCGUUCCACAGGGAGGUUGCAGACCCUGGCUCUGCCCAUAAAAGAAAUGGAUGUUUUGUUUUGUAGGAUUAUCAGCAACAACAGCAAAAGCAAACACACCUUCCAAAUAUUUUGUUGUUUCUAUACUAUUGCUUUCAACUCUUUCUGAAUUAUACAUUGAAGGGGCUAUCUCUGCCAUAUAUGAGUAGAAUUGUUCGAGGCUUACAUGAAUUGUGACUGAAUUAGGCCUUUCAGUUUAAUGUGUGAGGCUCUGCAGGGAAAAAGUGUCCUUCAUUUGGGCAUCUAUCACCUUUCCACUUAUGCAUUAGGUUAAUCACCGUAUCAAGACCAAUGCUACCAGGACAGUAAAUUAUGUGGAACAAAAUAAUUGAUCCAGGCAUUAUCCUUCCUUGAAUUUUCUCUCGUAUGUAAUAAAACAUUAGAGCUCAGCAAAACGCAGUGAGUUUGAAAAAGAUAUACAAACCCUGUAAAUCCAAAAGUUAAUUUCCAAGUAAAUUAUAAAGAUUUGAUACUGGUCCAAAGCAGUGUGGAAAAGGUUUCAACCUACUUUCCUGUUGCCUUUAUGUUCAAACAAUGCAAUAAUACAAUUUUACAUGUACCAUGGUUAUCUGGCCCAUCUGCAGUGGUUUCUGACAUUCAGAGAGAUUGUAUUGAAAUAAAUGAUUUGCAUUUUUAAAAAAUUGUUACACCAGGGAGAGUGGUAAUACAGUUGAAAUUAAUUUUAUUUUUUUAUCAUUGCUUUCUGAAAUCACAGAGACAGCAGUCUUUGACAGAAGGAAGGAGAAGGGAGCUCUUAGAAAGAAUAAUUGUGGAGCUUGUUGAGUUCAUUUCUCCUAAAACCCCUAAGCCGGGAGAACUUGGCGGAAGGGUAUCGGGAUCAGUGGCUUGGAGAGUCGCCAGAGGUGAAAUUGCUUUGGAGGUAUUUAAUGCAUCGAUUGGUGAUCAUUUUAGAAUUCUUAGUUUAUGGUCCAGUUGCAGCUUAUUGACUUUAGGGCCCCAGUCCAGAGAAAUUUAAUCAUGCUGUAAUUAGCCAUGAGUUACUUGUCCUAUUGAUUUCAAUGUAGUGAUAGUAAUAUUUGUUUUAGCCAUUAUUGAGAACAAGAAGAACCCGAACGCCCACUGAUCUAUAUAUAGAUGGAAGCAAUCGAAAGUAAAGCAGGUAACUUGUUAGGAUAAAAGUAAUAAUUCACUCCAAAAUUUGUUGUCAGCUGUCCCAAUUACAUCUGUUCCGGGCAAUCAAAAUAGAUUUGUUUUGUGGACAUCAAAGCAAAAGUGCUAGGUUUUUGGUUUUAAUCCAUUGACUGAAGGAUUAAUGAUGGCAUUUUAUCAUUGUAUAGCAGGGUAUUGUCCUACUACUACUACUACUACUACUACUACUACUACUUCUUUAUUAUUUUUACCCCAUCCAUCUGGCUGGGUUUCCCAGCCACUCUGGGUAACUCCCAACAGAAUAUUAAAAACACGAUAAAACAUCAAACAUUAAAAACUUCCCUAAACAGGGCUGCCUUCAGAUGUCUUCUAAAAGUCAGAUAGUUGUUUAUUUCCUUGACAUCUGAUGGGAGGGCGUUCCACAGGGCAGGUGCCACUACUGAGAAGGCCCUCUGCCUGGUUCCCUGUUCCCUCACUUCUCACAGUGAGGGAACCGCCAGAAGGCCCUCAGAGCUGGACCUUCUACAAGAGCUCUAUCCCGCUUUUUGAUUGAAUUGUCCCCAAGGCAACUAAAAAUAGAUAGUAAUUGCACUCAUAUAGCCCAAAAGCAUAGAGCCCACAGCUGUUAGUCACUUGCCUGAGGGAUGGGGCCAGAGUAAUCUGCCCUUCAACUCUGCAGUCCUAGGACAACUUGUCUGUCCAUCCUGGCUGAUGGAUGGGGGCAGAUCCAUCUCCUCCUUGCCAUCAUGCCAUUUCUGAGAGGCAGAGGCGCAGUCUCCCAAUGGCCCUUGGCAUGUUUCUCUUGCACCUUAAUGUCAUUGACUUUCUGAAGAUUAGAUACCAAUGUAUAUGUAUGUCUCUGAUUCCUUCGUAUGCCCCCUGGUAUCUCCAGAGCCCCCCUUUCACAAUUUAGGCAUAGCAAAACUAUCCUAGACAAGACAAUUUACCCUGCUAAUGUUGUGUUCUCCCUCCUCCUAUUUAACAUCUAGUGUUCACUGCUGCAUAGGAUAUAGAAGUGAUACAGUUACAGUCAUACUUUGGUUCUUGAACGCCUUGGUAUUCAAACGUUUUGGCUCCCGAACACCAAAAACCUGGAAGGAAAUGUUCCUGUUUUCGAACGUUUUUUGGAAGCCGAAUGUCUGAUGUGGCUUCCGCUUGAGUGCAGGAAGCUCCUGCAGCCAAUCGGAAGCCACGCCUUGAUUUUUGAACCAUUUCAGGAGUCGAACGGACUCCUGGAACGGAUUAAGUUCUAGAACCAAGGUUCCACAAGAGGGUUUUGGGUCUGUUCAUUUAUUUUCACUACAUACACUUUGUAUAGUUUUACUGACCAAACCCUCUUGCAUUUAAAACAGUGGUGUACCAUCUAAGGUAUACGAUUCAAGAGAAAGGAAGGAAUGGGGAGGAAAGAGGGGUGUAAUGGAAAAUGGUGGUAUCAAUUUUGUCAUGUUGUUACAUAAUGAUCUCAUGUACGGAGGGGACAGUUCUGGAAAGAAGCCCAAUACCCUGCUGAAGCAAUGGAGGAGUCAUUGCUUCCUCUUCUCCGUCACUUGAGGUGGCCCACGAGAACAGCUGCUAACAUGUGACAGUUCUGGGAGAAGAUAAACUAGGUUUGCUCCAUUACUAAGCCAAACCGCCUUGUUGGUUUCUGAAGAUGGUAAUCAGGCAAGAAGAUUGCUUCCACAACCUUCUUAUUUUUCCCUGGGCAAGAACUCAAAUUGUGUCGGGAAUUCGCCUGGCAACAAGUCAUUUCUCAUGUGGUUGUUUCUUUGACCCUGGCAUCAUUUUGCUGGUUAUUUUGGCCUUCCCCGUUAGAUUGAUCAGGAUGAGGUUAAGGGGAAAGUACACUGAAUAACAGGAAAUAUGAUAAUGGGUGGACUCUGGUGAUCAGUCUUCAGAGAUACAGUCAUACCUCAUGUUACGUCCGCUUCAGGUUGUGUGUUUUCGUCUUGUGUCCCACGGCAACCCAGAAGUACCGGAAUGGGUUACUUCUGAGUUUCAUUGCUUGCGCAUGCGCAGAAGCACCAAAUCACCCUGCGCAUCUGUACAGACACGGCACCUCGAGUUGCGGGCUUUUCACGUUAUGGAUGGGCUUCCGGAAUGGAUCCUGUCCAUAACACGAGGUACCACUGUAUCUCUGAAGUCACCCUAGAAUAUACUUGUAUAAAUGUGUGUGUGUGUGUGUGCAUGUGUCUGUGGCAUAUAUUUAUUAUAAGUAAUUAGGUGACUAAUAAAUAUCUAAUGAAAACCUAAUUUGUACCUUUGGUCAUAAUAGAGCAAAGAAAUAAUUUUUAUUCCAACUGGAAAAGAGAAGGCCUCUAAGCUUCUCCACCUUAGGUACAAUAUAGUAGAAGAUUGUUACACACGGAUAUCCAAUAAUAAUGAAAAGAUUAGUGGAUGGGAAAAAGGAGUAUGGAGGAUGGACUCUAUGUGGAGAAAGGUUGAAUCAGACUGGAAAAUGGUGAGUAUUGUACCAAGGAAAGUUAUUUUAUAAAACUUAUUCGUUCUAAGUGUAAUCAUCUUGAAGCUGCAAGGUUUUUUGUUUCGUUUUUUGCUUCUGUGGAUUUUUGGGUGUUCAGCUUGAGUUGGUAAAUAUUAAUGUCCAGCUUCAGAUAAGAUUGCCAGAUGACCAGAGUAGCUGGGAAUAAAAAGCAGUGUGUCUUUCAAGGCAGGAUGGUAGAGUUGGCUGAAGAUAACAAAUAUCUGUUCAGAUAUUAAACCUUAAGUCUGACAUUUCCCAUUCAAAGGUGGACUGAUACAAGAGCUGCCUGUAAAAAAAGAAAUCCUGCCUUUCCAGAAAAUUAAUUUUUCAGCUUCACAAAAGGGUCUUUACAGUAUAUCUUUUUUCUUCAUUGCACAUGAGUAGGUAGAAUUUCCUAAUCCAAAGUGUUACUUCCCCAUCUGCAAAGCACCAAAGUAUCUCAGUCACUUUGCAUUAAUGAAGGUCCUGCCAAGCUCAUUUUCAUUUCUAAAGAAUCUAAAUAACAGUUGGAACAUAUAAGCUCACAUACCCAAGGAAAGGAGUCUGGCAGAUUACAAUAUGAAGAAGAAAACAUUUUUAGCAUUGGGCAUAAACAGCAAAUCAGUUCCACAAUAAAAUCAACAUGAUGUAUGAGAAUUCUGCAAAGUAUUAUUAUGUAUGUUUCAGUAAUAAAUUGAGCUAUUCAUAAUUGCUGUUACAAAUUCAGUCCAGUAAUGUAUGUUUGCUCCAAAAUAAGUCCCGUUUUGCCUAAACACACUUGCUAGCUAGGGAGUAACUCUCAUUGAGCUCAGUGGGGUGUACAUUGAAUUAACAUACAUAGAAUUGUCAUCAGCUGCAUACUUACAGUCCUUAGGUUUUGCUUUACAAGAUUGUAGCUUUAACAAAUAUAAGUUUUUUUUUAGUGUUUCAUGUAUGCAUUUUGUUUCUAAAUAGGUUUAUUUAGCUCGAAAAGAAGGAUCAUUAUCUGGUUACAUCUGCUGGAAGUUUGAGUGUGGCUCAGUUGGGCUAAAAAUUGACAGCAUUUCAGUCAAAACGAGCAGCCAGACAUUUCAGAGUGGAAAAGUAAGGUGGAUGCUGCGAUCUGGCAACACUGUAGUUGAUGUAAACGGAGGCAAGUGUGAAAUUCCUCAUUUUUUGAAAGUGCACUUGCAAGCAAAGCAAGAGCAAUUAAGAUUAAUUUACGUCUAUUCUUUUAACUAUGUAUUAUCUUAUACUGUUAAUAAUGCUUAUUCAUUACAGCCAUGCAAAGUAAGCCAUCGGUUCCGUUUUACAGACGUGAGACUGAGCGAUAAUAGCUGGCCCAAGGUCACCAGUAAAGUAACUGGCUGAAAUUGAACUUCAGGUGUUUCUUACAGUACAAUCCUGCCCAUCUUUCCUCAGAAGUAAACCCUGCUGUUCUCAGUGGGGCUUACUCUUAAGGCAGGUGGGGGUAAUAUUGCAUCCCAAAGCUUUAAUCCUAAAGCCACUUACUUGGGAGUGAGCACCAUUGAAUGCAGUGGGAGCCAAGUUCGAUCAAGCAUCUAUAGGAUGCUACUGUUUUUUCUAGAUUUUGUGGAUUGAAAAAAGGAACGUAUACAAUUCUGAGCUGCUCUUUGUUGCAUAUUGGGGAGUGAACCUCCCUUGCUCCACUCUCCCAUCAACGGCUGUAUUCCCUCAAAUGUGCUCAUGGCCAUAUCCCAGCAGAUCCAUCUCCCCACACACUUCUGUCAUUUGCAUAGUAUUUGCUUUAGUUUCCCCCUCAAUGCAAGUUGCAGGCGCAGGAGCACAAUCAGGAUCUGGACCCCACAGCAAGGGCCAAACCAUUUAAAGCCCCUUUUCCAUCUCCUGGGUUCCCAACCUAGACUGGGUCCCUGCCAGCCAAUUUGCUGUACUUCUGUUCUGGUUGUGAAGAAGAGACAACCCUCUCGUCGCAGCUAGCUCAGAAGCCAAGAAAAAGGCCUCAUGGGCCAAACGGAAAACCUGAGAUCCACAUCCACUGGCCAGAGGUUCCCCUUCCUUGCUUAUAUAGAUGACAGACCUGACAAACAAUAUAAUUUGCUACCUGUUCCAUAGAAGCUAUUAAGCUGAUUUCAUCUCGUUACCUGCAAACGGGACUUAGAUAAGGCACCCAUUAUAGACUGCCUUGUUCAUCUCUCCUGUGGUUUUGGCCCAUAGGUUUGCUUGUUUUGGGUCUUUAUUAGACGUGAAUCUUGAAUUUGGCUGCAUACAUUGGAUUAUUCUGAGGCAGGAGAACUUUUGGUCUCCUGCCAUUGGCGAAGCAUCAUUGAAAGCUGUGGUUGGAACCAAUGCUGUGCGAUAUAUCAAUAAACGGUUUGAAACCGGUGUGAAGAGCACAUUGCAAUAACAUCUUUGAGCCUGUAAUGUAUAGCCAGGGAAGCCUGCCUUGCUUCCUUCGCAAACGGGCUGCAUCCUUCCUUCUUCCUCCCUUCCUCCUGGUCACUUCUCCUGCCCAUCCCCAUCCUCCACAGCCCAGCCACUGCAAGGGGCGACAACUCAGAAGGAGCAUGCAAUGCCAGGAUCCCACGCUCAGAGAAACAUCUGUUCAGGGUUUGUUUUCUUUGUAAGUGAAAACUACAAAGGAGGCUGAAGGAGGAACCCAGGAAGAGAUACGAUAGCAACCUAGGGAGGGAGGGAAGGAGCGAGAGGGAGAAAGAGAGUGGGGGGGGGCAAAGUGCCCAGGCCACUUAGAAAUAUACUUUUUUGUGUUAUGACCAGCUGACUUAAGUAAUAGUCUGGGAACAGCUCCUCUUAUCUUGCCCAGCUCAAAUUGCUAGGUCUGCUGCUUCCCAAAACUACUUCCUUUCAGUGGGAGUGGGGAGAGAAGGGCAUAUUGCAAAAUAACAAUGAAAUAAUAACAGCAGAGGCAAUCAAUCCUUCUAGCAGCUGCCUGCACGACACAAACACCACACCCAACACUCUUUCGCCUCGUCACUCUCCAAUGAAGCAUGUCUAUGAAACCUGGUGGAGUCCCAUAGGCUCAGAUUCCUGACUUGCUCCUGCAGCAUCCUUCUCCAGCAUUUGUUGGGGGGGAAAUAUUUUUCUUCUCGCCUGAAAAUUUCUCUGGGUCCUUGCAGGGGCAGGGGGUGGUGUUAUUGAGGUUUGUGUGUGCGGUAUUCAAUGAGAAAGAGGCAAGGAAGGGGCCUGAUGGUGGUGGAAGUGGCAGGGAUGAUGAUGUGAGGGUGAGGACCAGAAGACAUGCACUGAUUGCUCUGGGUAUUUUUCGCCUAGUAUUAUUGUCCCUGGCAGUGGCUAGGCAGGCAGAUCCUCCCCAGCGAUUUUAAAGCACUGCCUUCUCAGCGAUCGCCCCUCGCAGUGGCUGGGCCUUGUAGAGGGAGGAGUGGGCAUGAGUGGGACUGGGCAAUUUCAGGCAUCAUGAUGUAUCAGUACAUCACAAUAUGUAGCUGCUGAUAAAUCACAAUGUUAAAACAGCCCUAGCUGGAACUGCAGCAACUGAAUGAACAAAUGAGAUUUCCCCUUCAGAACCCUUUUUAACCCUCUUCUGCUCUCUGCUUAACCCCCUCCCCUCCAAGGAUGUAUGGGCAUUGUUUGGUUUCAUAUUUCUCUUCACCCCCCCCUUAAAUCCUUUGCAUGAUUGCACAUUAAAGCGGCAUGACCGUAUUCCUUUAAAUGUGCUUGUUUUGCAUUUUCUGAAUUGCUUUCUGUCCUGGAGACAGUGUAGGCCCAUCUAACCCAUCUCCACCAAUCUGGAAUAAUUUUUGGCAUGAUUAAAACAACAACAGAGACACCAAUUUCCAGAUGUUUACAAUGCAGAUCAGAUGUACAUUACAUAUGACUGUGACCUGGGGGGGAGGGGGCAAAGAAGAGAAGUCCUAAGUCAGUUUAAAUACUAACAUUCAAUAAGCUUGUGUCUUGGGCUAUACAUUGGAACAGGCAUCACAAAUCCCUAUUUGAUUUUAGUAUAUCUAGGAUUUUUCCUGAAGCAGAUAAAGCUUAAAAAACCUAUGAAUAAUAAAUUAAUUUUGACAAUGGUCCAUACAAUUGUCAUUAAACGAAAACUAAUUUGCAGUGUUUCUUUAACACUAUCCUUCUAAAAUUAAUGUUUUUUUAUUGGUAUUUAAUGCAUAUUGCUUUUUUAACAAAAACUUUUUUGUCUUUCCCUUCUUUGUAGAUAAAAGUCUUCAUUCUUAUCCUGGUAUUUCCAACGUAACAGAUGUUAUCUUGGAAGCUGAACUAAGUGGAGGGGAUGGUGAUAUUGCAUGGCAACACACACAGCUGUUUAGGCAAAGUUUAAAUGAGGCUGAGGAUUGUUUUGAGAUCAUUUUAAAAUUCAGUGAUCUUUGAAUAUCUAGAUAGAUAUUUACAAAAGACAUCUGUAUCAAGCAAGGACUUCUGGCACAAAAUAUAAAAGAAAUAUAUGAACUACGUGAAGACGUCUUGUCUAAAACAUUGUAUCUUUCUUAUGACUGUUGAGAAGAAACAAAUUUUGUUAAUGUAAAAAAUAAAUCCUUGAAAACUAGCACCAAAUAGUUACAUAUCAAAGGGAAAAGAUGCAUCACUUUGCAUUUAAAAGGCAAGAGAAAUUAAGUCUGCAAUUCUGUGCACAUUUACUUGAAAGUAAACUCCAUUGAACAAAGUAGGAGUUACCUCUGAGUAAACAUGCAUACUCUUAGGUUGCAUAUAAUUGAAAAUUAAUAUUUUCUUAUGUUCAAUCUAUACUGAAAGGUGAUUGGUUUUUUUUAUUACAACUGAAUGAAGAUUUUAGCUUCUUUCAACUUUGGAUUUUGGAAUUUGUUAAAAAUGCCUCAUGUUGUUUUAUGUCAUCUGUUUGCUCAUAAUUUUAUAACAGACAAUUUAUUGCAUUCCUAAUAUUGAAGUAAGAUUAUGGAACUGCAGAAUGAUUACUAGCUCCUGAUAUAAUUUUUGCUUGAAUUUAUUAGGCUUUCGGAAUUGAAACUUUGUAGACAAAAGAGCUAAUUUUGAUGACUGUUAAGUCCUCCUUAAAUCUCCCCAGAUGAAAUUUUAUAUAUAUAGAUAUACUAGAACUAAAUAUUUUGGAGCUUGGUUGGAAAAAAUAAAGGUAUUGUGUCCCUGAAAUCCUGUUCUGGCCUCUGAUUUUAAAAGAUACAUUAGGUUACCUCAAAGGAUGGAGUUUUGAUAAAUAAAAAACAUCUUUUUGCAUACCUUGUACUGUAUAAAUUUGGAUUUACCCAGUUUUUGUAAAGCUGCUACUUCUGUUACGUUGCUUGUAGUCACUCAAGAAAUGCUGUCUUGGGUCAGCUUGAGACAUGACAAUCUAGGUCC